AUGGAUAAUCUGACCCAGCUCGCCACGGACAUCUCCUGGUCUUCCCUUCCGACCGAGUGGCUCCUGGCUGAGCUUGCGAAGCGCGACGAUGUGGCGGACUCGAAACCUCAAUGCGGGUCAGGCAGGAAAGGCUCCUAUGACACGUUUAUGCACGUCUUCGCCUUGGUUCUGAUCCUGGCCCUGACCUGCGGGUUUCCUCUGAUCUCCAGCCAUUCCCGCAGCCGACGUUCCAACAGCAUCGUUUUCUACUCCCAGCACUUCGGCACCGGUGUUUUGAUCGCCACUGCCUUCGUCCACCUCCUACCGACUGCCUUCCAGUCCCUCAACGACCCAUGCCUUCCAUACUUCUUCAGCAAGGGCUACAGGCCCCUACCCGGAUUUAUUGCCAUGGUAUCCGCGGGUGUGGUUGUGGCAAUCGAGUCCUACUUGACAACAAGAGGUGCUAGACACUCUCACUCGCAUAUGUGGGAAGAUGACGAAAGCGACGACGAACGAGGAGCACAUUCUGCGCACAGCGGAGGUAUUCUGGCCGCCCGGCGUGGACUGAACCGGCCAACCAAUAUUGCCUUGGAGGAUUUAGGCGCGUCGGAGGGCCUUAUGGCCGGCGCAUCUCCGCUUCCGGAAUCAACGCCCACCUUACAAGUGAACGGGAAGAGCAGUGGUGUAGCCGGCGACUCCACAGGGAGAAGACACGACAAUGACGAUGAAGAUCGUGAGUCGAUGGAUUUGGAGCUGAACAUGGACGAGCUCUCAAGUGUGCCCCUUGAUGGAGAGAAUUCGAGGUCCUUGAUGAAGCCCGAUUCUGCUCCCAAGAGCCCGACAGUACCUCACAUGCCAAAUCCAGAAGAGCAGAGGCGUCUGAUGCUGCAGUGUCUGCUCCUUGAGGCCGGCAUUCUUUUCCACAGCGUCUUUAUCGGGAUGGCUAUAUCGGUCGCCACGGGCCCGCCAUUUGUGGUGUUUCUCGUGGCCAUCGCCUUCCAUCAGACAUUUGAGGGACUUGCGCUUGGCUCUCGAAUAGCGGGCCUCCACCUCCCCAAAUCAUCGCCUCGGCCGUGGCUCAUGGUUCUUGCCUAUGGGACCACAACGCCUAUCGGCCAGGCAAUUGGGCUUAUUGUGCACAACUUUUAUGACCCAAUGAGCCAGACGGGACUUCUCAUGGUCGGCUUCAUGAAUGCUAUCUCCAGCGGGCUGCUGCUCUUCGCAGGACUGGUGCAGCUCCUGGCUGAGGACUUUUUGACCGAGAAGAGCUACAAGACCCUGCAUGGGCGUAGGAGAAUCAAUGCCUUCAUCGCGGUUGCGGGUGGCUCAAUGCUCAUGGCACUUGUUGGUGCUUUUGCAUGA